AUGGUUAUUGAAUGGUUUGUGAAUGGAAGACCGAUUCUCACUGGAAGUCGUGUGAAAACACUCAACGAAUUCGGAUUCAUUGCUCUCGACAUCAAAGGUGCGAUUUCUGAAGAUACAGGAUGUUAUUCUGUUCGAGUUUCGAAUUUGCUUGGUGAAGCCAUUCGACAAUGUCAAAUCAAUGUUUUGGCGUCAGGCCAAAUUUUGGGCGAAACUCAACACGAAGAAUCUCUUGGCAAAAUCAACUUACCUUGAAAAUCUCAACAAAUACGGCAGAGUUGAAGUUGAGGAACGUGGUCCAGAUGGCCCACCAGUUUUCACAGUUCCACUACAAUCCGGAGUCGCUGAAGUUGAAGAGGGCGAGCCAAUUCAUUUGGAAUGUCAAGUCAACCCGAUCAAUGACAACAGUUUGAAAAUCACCUGGCUUCGCGAUGGCCAACCAAUUCCACACGGUCAUCGAUUCCGAACAUUCUAUGAUUUUGGAUUUGUGUCUCUCGACAUUCUUGGAUUCUACGCGCAAGAUUCAGGAAACUACACGUGUUUGGCUCAAAACUCGCUGGGUCAAGCUGAAACGUCCACAGGAAUCAGAUGUGCACGUAAGUUUGCUUGCUUGCUCAUCACCGUAUGUAAUUAAAUACAAUGUUGAGUUUACACAAUUUUUGCGCAGGGGGCCUCCUCGCGCACUUUUCAUUGUUGAAUCUACAGCUUAUUUCUUGCCGCCGCUUAUUUUUUUUCUACUACUUCUAAAUAAUUAGUGAACAAGCAUGAAUAACUAUGUGUUUGGGACAAGCUACGGUGGUCCUAAACCGCCUGAUUAUUAUGGGAGGCGGCCUGUGAAAUCUAGUAUGGGUUUGGUUAAUUUACCUACUUCAGCGAAAGAUGCCAUUUUGGGACAAGUUCAACAUCCAAGAAGUUAUGCAAGAAUUCAAGAAAUCGAAGCACCAAAACCAGCACCACAAGAAGUUCCAGAUCUUCCACAACAGGUUAGUUUUUUUUCCAAAAAAAAAUUAUUUGAAUUAUAAAAUUAAUUCAGGCGCCAGCAUUUGUGAAACAACUUGGCCCAGCUAUUCAAUGCAUGGAAGGUGAAAACGUAUAUUUGGAAGCUCAAGUCACACCAACUGAUGACAACACUUUGACCUAUGAAUGGCUAGUCAAUGGUCAACCAUUGAUGAAAGCUCAUAGAUUCGUGCUAUCACAAGACUUUGGAUUCAUCGCUUUGAAUAUUCUCUACUGUUAUCCAGAAGAUAAUGGAACUUACACUUUGGUAGUUCGAAACAGUGUUGGUCAAGCAGAAUCAUCUGUAGAUAUUAAUUGCGGUUUUGUUGGUGGCAACUUCACCGAUUCAUUCCACCCCAACUCUCUCAAUCGUAUUGCUGAACUUGAGACACCGAUUCGUCGUGCUUCAGCUGAACCAGAAAAAGAGAAGGAGGCUCCACAAAUUGUUAAGGGUCUUCCACCUACUUUUGAUUCAGUUCACGAAUCGCAAACUCUGCAUUUGGAAGCGCAAGUUUCGCCGAUUGAUGAUAACACACUUCGGGUAAGAUUUUAAAAAUUUUCUAGAGGAGAACAACUUUAACCCAAUAAUUUUUCAGUACGAAUGGUUGUUCAACGGACAGCCACUCAAAGCCUCAAGUCGUUAUCGCGUUCUCAACGAUUUCGGAUUUGUCAGUCUUGACAUCGAUUACAUUAUCGCUGAAGAUUCCGGAAAAUACACUCUUGUCGCUUAUAACCGAGCUGGCAGAGCCGAGACAUCCACAGAAUUCCAAGUUGAGCGACUCAAAUCAAUUUUGUCCGAUACUGCUCAUCCUGAAUCACUUCGUAGAAUCAGAGAAAUGGAACAACUUCAACCAGCAAAACCAUCGGAUGAAGAUGCGCCGUUGCAGCCACCAGUUUUCACUCAGCCUUUGACUGGACCAACUGAACCACUUAAAGAGGGACAAUCUGUUCAUAUGGAUUGUGUUGUUCAGCCAAUUAAUGAUCCAACUUUGAAGAUCGAAUGGUUCCAUGAUGGAAGACCAUUGAUGUUUGGAUCAAGAAUCAGAACAAUUCAUGAUUUCGGUUAUGUUGGUUUGGAAUUCUUACACAUUCAUCCAGAAGAUACUGGAACAUACACUUGCAAAGCUUCAAAUAUCAUUGGUGAAGCUACCACUGAUAUCACAUUGAGAUGCAACGCCAGAAGAAACAUCUACUUGGAUUCUCACCAUGAAUCAUCUUGGCAGAAAAUUCAAGAGAUUGAAAACCGCGUUGAUGAACGUGAACCAACUCCAGAAGUUCAAUUCCAACCACCAACUUUCACUGAAGUUCUUACCGACAAGACUGAUUGCGUUGAAGCCCAAUCAAUUCGUCUCGAAUGCCGUCUCAUUCCAAUCAAUGAUCCAACAAUGCGUGUUACUUGGACUAGAAAUGGUCAACCUUUGCCAGAAGCUUCAAGAUUUAUGCCAGCCAGAAACUUUGAUUAUGUCAAUUUGGACAUUCUCGCGUUGUAUGGUGAAGAUUCUGGUGUCUACACUUGCAAAGCUGUUUCAGCGUUUGGAGAAGCCGCAACUUCGUGCACUGUAAAAUGUGCUGCAACCAAUUCUCUACUUCUCGACACAAUGCAUGAAAAAUCGUGGAAUCGUGUUCAAGAAAUCGAGAAUCGCGAGAAAUUGGAAAGAGUUUAUGAAGAAGCCGCAAAAGGUUGCACCAAGAUUCACAGUUCAACUCAAUCAACCAGCCGGUGAAUUAUACGAAGGUGUUCCGAUUCAUCUUGAAUGCCAAGUUGAGCCAACAAAUGACAAUCAAUUAACAGUUCAAUGGUAUCACAAUGGUCAACCACUUGCAAAUGGCCAUCGCUUCAGAACCACUUAUGACUUUGGUUAUGCAGCUCUCGAUAUUCUUUACGCAUUUGCUCAAGACAGCGGUGAAUGGGCUUGCGUUGCUCGCAAUGCAAUUGGUGAAGCUCAAACAGUCACCUCUUUCAAUAUCGCACCAAAAGGAACAAUUUAUACCGACACUCAACAUCCAAAUAGUUGGCAGAAAAUUCAACAAUUGGAAGCGCCAAAAGCCGCAGCUCCAGAAAGACUCGACGCUGAACAUGAUGCUCCACAAUUCAUUGAACCUUUGGAGAGUUUGGAAAGAAUCGAGUUCCAACCAGCACACUUCCAUACGAAAGUUACACCACAAACUGAUCCAAAUUUGAGAAUUCAAUGGUUCAAGGAUGGUCAACCACUUCAAAAUAGUAACCGAUUCAAGUUAACAUCUGAUUUCGGAUAUAUUGCAUUGGAUAUUGCACAUACUGUUCCAGAAGACAGUGGAGUUUAUUCAGUGAAAGCCAGCAAUGCUAAAGGAGAAGCUCAAGUUGAUGGCCAACUUACUGUUCGUGGAAAUGCUUCAAUCAUUGGAGAUACUCAACAUGAGCAAUCAUGGCAGAAAAUUCAAUUGAUCGAAGCUCCACGUGGACCAGGACAAGAAGCCCCAGAUGUUAAACACGGGCCACCCAAGUUUGUCACCCAACUUCAUAGCAUCGAAGGUGUUGUUGAAGGUCAACCAUCACAUUUCGAAGCUCAAUUCAUUCCAUAUUCCGAUCCCAAAACAUCAAUUCAAUGGUAUCUCAAUGGUCAACCUUUGUCUGCUUCAUCUCGCCGAAUUUUGAGAAACGACUUCGGUUUGGUCUCUCUCGAUCUUCAAUACACCCUUGGAGAAGAUGCUGGUGAAUAUUCAGUCGUUGUCAAAAAUUCAGAAGGUGAAGAUCGCACUUCAGCCAAUUUGUCAUGCACAACUCGAGCUGCUAUCUUCGGAGACACCCAAAAUGCUCAAUCGUGGCAAAGAAUUCAAGAGAUCGAAGCUCCACGAGCACCAGGAGCUGAACCAGAAGGACCAGUCUAUGAGAAACCAUCUUUCAUCACUGCACUUCAAUCAGUUGGUGAUUUGCCAGAAGGAUCAGUUGCUUUGUUGGAGGCUCGUCUCAUUCCAGUAAAUGAUCCAAAUCUCAGAGUUCAAUGGUUCUACAACGAUCAACCAUUGAUGGAAUCGAAUUGGAUCUCAACCAGUAACGACUUCGGAUGUGUUUCACUCCGCAUCGCACCAGUUUAUGCCAGACAUUCUGGUGUAUAUUCCUGCAAGGCUUGGAAUGAUCAUGGAAGUGCUGUUACAUCUGCCAAUGUUGGAGUUCAAGGAUCCGAAGGUCUUCUUCUCGACACAGCUCAUCCAGUCUCUCUUCAAAAGAUCAGAGAGCUUGAGGCUCUUGACAAAAAUGCACGAUUGGAAGCGCCAGAAAGAGAGUUCGAGAAACCACAAUGGGUUCAAGGAUUCGAAAACAAAGAACAAGUUGGAGAAGGUCAAUCAGUUACUCUUCAUGGUCUUGUUGAACCAUCUGGUGAUCCAAAUUUGAAAAUCGAAUGGCUUUUGAAUGGAACACCACUCAUCAAUGCCAACAGAUUCCGUCAAGAAUACGAGUUCGGAAAUGCGAUUCUCACAAUUGUUCAUGUUCUUCCACACGAUUCUGGAGUCUACACAUGCCGUGCGUACAAUCAACAAGGAGAAGCAUCAACAUCAGCCAAUGUUACCACUGCUGGUUACGAACGUAUUUUAUACGAUUCUCAACAUCCAGUUUCCUGGCAACGAAUUCAAGAACUUGAAGCUCCAAAGAUCAUCGAAGAAGUUGAGGAGGUUAUUCAAAAAGAGAAACCACACUUCCUCACUCAAUUGGAAUCUGCUGAAAAUGUUCCAGAAGGUGUUGCAAUUCAUCUCGAAGCAACAUUCCAACCAGCCAGAGAUCCAGAAUUGAAAGUUGUUUGGCAGAAAAAUGGACAACCAUUGGGAGCGUCUCAAUUGGUUCAGACCAAACAAGAACUUGGCUGGGCAACCCUCGAUAUUUCAUCAGCUAAUGAAGAUCAUAAUGGUGUUUACACUUUGACUAUUUCGAAUUCUGAAGGUGAAGCUGUGUCAACUGCUUCAAUUCGUGUUGCUGGAACUGGCCCAAUUCUUGGAGACACUCGUCAUGAAGAAUCAUGGAAGAAAAUUCAAAUUCUCGAAGCUCCAAGAGAAGCUGAUCCAGAAGCUCCAGCUCCAACCUAUGAUCAUCCAGCUAUUACAACUCAAAUCGAAGACAAGGAAUGUAGCGAAGGAGAACAUGUUCGUUUCGAAGCACUCAUUGUUCCGGUCAACGAUCCAAGACUUCAAGUUCAAUGGAUCAGAAAUGGUGUUCCACUUGCUCACGGUUCAAAAUAUGCUAUUCAACAAGACUUCGGAGUUUGCACUCUUGACAUCGCUUAUGCCUACCCAGAAGAUCAGGGAAUCUAUCAAUUGAGAAUUUGGAAUCCAGAAGGUGAAGCGGUGUCUUCGGCAACAUUGAAAUGCCACGGAAAAGAUGCGAUUUUGGGAGAUGUUCAACAUCAAGAAAGUUGGAAGAGAAUUCAAGAGAUCGAAGCUCCACGACCGAAAUUGGAAGAAGAUGAGCCUGCACCAAAAGGUCCACCAAGAUUCAUUCAACAAUUGGUUUCACCGGGUGAAUUGGUUGAGACACAACCAGCUCAUUUCGAAGCAACAAUUGAGCCAGUUGAUGAUCCAACUUUGACAAUCAGCUGGUUCUUGAAUGGCCAACCAAUUUCCGCUUCAUCAAGAGUCAAAAUGAUCAAUGAUUUUGGAUGGGUUAUCAUGGACAUCGGACAAACCGAAACUCGUGAUUCAGGAGAAUGGAAAUGCGUUGUGAAAAAUGCAUCGGGCGAAGCUUCAUCAACCGCAACCAUCAAUGUUCAAGGAAAAGAUGUGCUUCUCCUAGAUUCAAUUCAACCACAAUCUUUGGAUCGUAUUCGAGAAAUCGAGGCUGGCAAACCACUUCCCAGCUCCUCAACCAGAUCGUGUAUUCGAGGCUCCAGUCAUUGUCAAUCAACUUCAAGUUCAAGGAGCUUUGGAAGAAGGUGGAAGUGCUCAUUUGCAAACUCAAUUCACACCUGUCGCCGAUCCAUCCAUCAAGGUCGAGUGGCUCAAGGAUGGUCAACCAAUUUUCCAUUCCAACAGAUACAAGCAGGUUCACGAUUUUGGUUUUGCAGUUUUGGACAUUCUUCAUCUUUUGAAACACGAUGCUGGAGAAUAUACAUUCAGAGUUUCAAACGCAUCUGGUGAAGCUUCAACAUCUGCUAGCUUUACCGUCGAUGAGAGCAGUGGACUUUUGCUCCACCCACAAAAUGAGCAAAAAGCCAAGGCUGUUGAAAUUUUGGAGGAUAAACUUCACAGAAGACCAGAAGAUGUUGAACAAGAGCUCAAAGAAGCUAUUCCAGUAUUUAUUGAACCUUUGUCAGCACCAGUUGAAACUGAAGAAGGAGGUCGCGCACAUUUCACAGCUCGUUAUGAGCCAGUCAAUGAUAAUCAAUUGCAAAUCCAAUGGUAUCAUGACGGAAGACCACUUCGAACUGGAAGCAGAAUCAAGACAAUUAACAGUUUCGGAUAUGUUGUGCUCGAAAUCUCGCCAACUUAUCCAGAAGACAAUGGUGAAUACACUUGCCGUGCAGUCAACAGAGUUGGCGAAGCUGUCACUUCUACAAAAUUGUCUUGCUCACCAAAAGAUGGUAUCAUCAGUAGCACUCAAUUGCCAGAGCGUAUGGCGAAUGCUGGAAAACGAAUUGCUGAAAUUGAGGCUCCGCGACCAGCUCAAGCUGAUGCUCCAGAUGUUAACCAUGGCGCUCCAAAGUUCACCUCUGGAUUGGCUGGACCACCAGAAUUGCAAGAAGGACAACAAGCUCAUUUGGAAUGUCAAGUUACACCUGUUACUGAUCCAAGAUUAAAGAUUGAAUGGUUCCACAAUGGUCAACCAGUCAAUCAUUCUAACCGAAUGAAAGUUAUUCAUGAUUUCGGAUUUGUCGUCAUGCAAUUGUCACCAGCAGAACCCCAAGAUUCCGGAGUUUGGACUUGCCGUGCGACAAACGAUCACGGAUCAGAUGAAGUUUCCACUGAAAUCAAAGUCGUUGGUAACAGCGGAGUUUCGUAUGAAUGGCAAAGUCCAGCUCAAAGAAAGGAAAGAAUCACCGAGUUGGAAGACUGGAUUCAUCGUCCAAAAGAAGAUCUCAAUUUACCAUCUGCCGAUUAUCCAUCCCCAUCAUUCUCUCAAGAACUCACUGAUCUUGGUCAACUCAAUGAAGCUGAUGCCACAGCAUUUGUCUGUGUUUUGGAACCAAUUGGUGAUCCAACAUUGAGAGUUCAAUGGGAACACAACGGACAUCCAAUUCCAUACUCCAACAGAAUCUCGUGCACUAAUGAAUUCGGUGUUGCCACUUUAUUGAUCAAACAUUUGAUUGCUCAAGAUGCUGGAGAAUACAAAUGCAUUGCUACAAAUGCAAAGGGAACUGCAACAUCUGUUGGAAGAGUUGCUGUCGAAUCAGCCACCCAAAUUGAUACUCCACAAAUCAUUCAACCAUUGGUUGACAGUGUUGAAAAUACUUUGGAAGGUGAUUCGAUUCAUUUGGAAUGCAGAGUUACACCAAUCAAUGAUCCAAGACUCAAAGUUGAAUGGAGAAAGAACGGACAACCAUUUGCCAGAUGCCAGUAGAUUCAAACCAAUUUCCGAAUUUGGAUUCGUCAGUCUCGAUAUUCUCUACGCUUAUCCAGAAGAUAAUGGCGAUUAUGAACUUAUUGCUUACAAUGACAAAGGAGAAGCCAAAACUCAAACAAAGAUCACAGUUGCUCCACGACCAUCUCUUGAUUACACUUCUCAAACCCAUGGAAAUCAACAAGAUUCUUUGGAGUCACAUUUCAAACAACAUUCUCAAGCUAAACUUCAAUUGACAUCUCAAGAUAUUUACAAUGAGACUGACAAACGAGCUCCAGAAUUCAGAACCCAAUUGCAGAAUAUCGGUGUUUUGGAGGGAGAAUUCUGUCGAUUUGAGACUCAAGUUGCUCCAAUCAACGAUCCAUAUCUCAAAGUCGAAUGGUACAAAGACAAAAAACCUGUCCUUCUUGGACACCGCUUCCGAUCAACUCUCGAUUUCGGAUUUGCUUGCCUUGAUCUUCUCUACGCUCUUCCAGACGACACUGGGGAAUAUCAUUGUGUUGCAACCAACAAGCAUGGGCAAACUAUGAUCAGUGCUAAAUUGGCUUGUCAAGGAGCAUCACAUGUUAUCACUGACAGUCAAAUGCCACAAGGAUUAAGAGUCAGUAGUGUGAAGAAAGAUAACGCAAGUGUCUAUUGGUCUGAACAAGGAGGAGCCGCGCAACCAAAGAAGAAACAAGGUCCACAAUUCACAAUUCCAGUUAGAAACUUGCAAGUCACUGAAAAUCAACCAGCUAGAUUUGAAUGUGCUGUCACUGGGUAUCCAAGACCAAAGGUUACCUGGUUUAUCAAUGGUAAUCAAGCUCUUCACGGACAUCGUUACAAGCUGAACUUCGAUGGUCUUCAUUACUUGACAGUUAGUAACACCAGAAUUUCUGAUGCUGGAGAAAUCGUGGCGAUCGCAAGAAACAGCGAAGGUGAAACCAUCUCAACUGCCACUUUGGACAUCUUCCAAAAAGACGACUUCCGUCAAGCUAAACUCAAACCAACAUCUUUCAAAUCAUCUGAGGAAAUGAGACAACGUGAGAUUCAAUGGCAACGCGACACUCUUGGCUCGCUUGGAGAUGCUUUCGAUGCGGCUCCACGACCAGAUGCUCAAAAAUUGAUGCACGUUGAGAGAGCUCGCAGUCCAAUUGAGCCACUGGAAACCGAAGAACUCAUCCAAAAGUUCACUCGUCCACGCGAUGAUCAAUUCUACGAUAAGUUGGCCUAUGUCGAGACGCAAAAACAACAAUAUCGUGGAAUGGAGUUGGAAAAUGUGAACUUGAAGGCCGGAAAGAUCGAGAAAUAUCAACCGCCAGUCGAUGAGAUGGAAAGAGUGAAUUUGAAGAAUGUGCCAAGCAAAGAUUCCAAAGAGCAUGAAUGGGAGAAACCGGAUUGGGCUCACGAUGGAAACGCUAAACUUCAAGGUGCGAACGAAACCAAGUUCAAGAAACUUCCAACUCCACCUCCAGAGCUCGACGUGCCAGCUCGUGAUCAAGUCAAACUCAAGAUCGCCAAGCCAACAAGAUCAAAAGAUGUAAGAUUUUCAGAUUUAAAACUAUGUAUCUUAUUGAAUUUUUUAUUAUAGAUCGAAUCAGGAGAACGCGUCAAACUCCAGGCUGAAAAAGCAAAAGUCAAACAAAUCCAACAAAAACCAGAACAACCGAAAGAAGAAGUUCCAGUGCAUAAGGAACAAGUUCAACUCAAGGUACAACUAACGCUUAUACUAAAAAUAAUCCCCCAAGCACUUCCCUAAACCCGAGCACAUUUUAGCAACAACAAUUACCAAAGACGGGUGCCAAAGGCGAUCAUUUUGUUGUGGAACGUGAAAAGGAUCUCAAAGAAACUCCAGCUGUUGUGAAACCAGUUAUUGAAGAGACUAGAAUUAGCAAUAAGGUAAGACACUCUAACUGUCCGUGUCUUUAUCUGUUAACGCUUGCCGUGUUGGUGUUUAUUGUAUUGUGAUUGUUGUCUUUUCAGGUGCAUGAAUCUGGAAGUCAUCGACUAAAAUACCAAUCUUAUCGUGAGCAUAAAGAAUCUACAUCUUCCAGUGAUGUUUGUUGAUUUUUUUUUCAUAACUUGAUUUAUAAUUAACCUGUUGUUUAGAUGUUUUUGAAUGUUGAAACUUCGGAUUGUUAUUCGCAUGUAGAAAAGUAUGAGUACUCACCAAGAAGUCCACGUCGAGAAAGAAUUAUUGGUUUUCAUAUGAUCAGGGCAUGCCAAGCUUAAAUUUUCAGAUAAAAACCUAACUUUUUUAUUUUCAGCCACAACCAACCAAGAUUGGACAAUCGAAACAAGCGCCGCCAACAAUUUCCCAACAACUCAAACCGAUUCAAGGAGAACUUGGCAAAGCCGCUAAAUUCACCAUUGAUUUCAGUGGUGCUGCACCAAUCAAGGUUACCUGGUUGAAGGAUGGCAAGGAGAUCAAGAGCACUUUUAGAUCUCAGGUAAGAACUUUUCUAAAUAUUGAAGAGCGUUUUCAAAAAAUGAAAUUUUCUAGAUCACCACCACACCAAAUGGUUCAUCCCUUCACAUCGGAAGAUUGGAGAACUCACACGGUGGAGAAUACACCGUGCGAUUGGAGAAUGCUGCCGGAACUGUAGAAUCGAUGGCUAAUUUGGCUGUGACUCCACCUGUUUCUACUGGAAAAGCUCCGGAUUUCAAAACAAGACUCACUGAUUUACGAAUUCAACAAAAUGGUCCAGCUGAAUUCUCUUGUCAAAUCACAGCUGAUCCGAAACCAACAGUUCAAUGGUUUAAAGAUGGUCAACCACUUCCAAAUGAUGGAAGAUUCGAAGCGAUCGAAGAAAAUGGAACAUAUAAAUUGAAAUUCGCGAACAUUAUUUCUACCGAUGUUGGAAUCUACGAAAUCGUUGUUAAAAAUCCAGCCGGUGAGGCCAGAUGUAAAGCAAGACUCAAUGUUAAUCUUCAAAAAACCGGAAAAGGAGCUGAAGAGGGUCCAAGAUACGAAGCUCCUCGAUUCACCACACAAAUCCAACCAAUCGUUGUCGAUGAAGGAAAAGGUUCACAAUUUUCGGCGAAAUAUUCCGGAUUCCCUGAACCAACCAUCAGAUGGUAUCGCAAUAAUGAGCCAAUCAAACAUGCCGAUGGAUAUGAAGUUAGUCAAUCGAAGGGCGAAGCUGUCCUCAAGAUCUCUGCUGCGAGAAACGAGGAUGUGGCUGAAUACAAAGUUGAGGCUAGCAAUCCAGCUGGUAAAGCAUCAAGCGUUGCCAAUCUCGUUCUGACCCCAAGAUCUGGUCGAAUCGCAAAAUCGACAAUCACUCGCGGUGGAUCAGCAUCCACUAUUGACAAACCUGCCGCAGAUGCUCCACAUUUCGUCGCGAAGCUUAGCGAUAUUUCCGCGCGUCAAGGACAUACCGUGAAAUUCAGCGCUGAAGUUGAUGGAAGUCCAGAGCCAACAGUCACAUGGCAAUUCAAGGGAAAACCAUUGAGCGCAUCAAAUAACGUUAAGGUAAGUGCUUAUGAAAUUUGUGAAAUAAAAUUUGAAUUUCUAUUAGAUCUCGCGCGAUGGCAAACGUGCAAUCCUCGAGCUCGCACGUGUCACCCCAGACAGUGCCGGUGAAUAUCAAAUCGUGAUUCGCAACGACAAAGGAGCCGCAACAUCGCAAGCUCGACUCACAUUAAGUCAGUAGUUUAUCAAAUCAACGAGAAGAAACCAGCUGCUGACACAGAAAACCAAAAACAAAAUUUAGCAUGUUUACUUCUCAAGCAAACCAAAAAACCUUUCAAAAACCCCGGCUACCUAAACAAAAUCCCAACAUUUUCAAAUUAACACCUUUCCCGGAACGCACCCCCCUAAAUCGAUAUUUUCAGGUCGAUAA